GACGCCCCGCCCUCCCUGGGCUCGCCCCCGGCUCCAUUUUGCAGACGACCAGGUUUGGCUGUGACGCUGCUGCCGGGGUCAGAAUGUCAUACCCAGGCUAUCCCCCAACAGGCUACCCACCUUUCCCUGGAUAUCCUCCUGCAGGUCAGGAGUCAUCUUUUCCCCCUUCUGGUCAGUAUCCUUAUCCUAGUGGCUUUCCUCCAAUGGGGGGAGGUGCCUACCCACAAGUGCCAAGUGGUAGCUAUCCAGGAGCUGGAGGCUACCCUGCGCCUGGAGGUUAUCCAGCCCCUGGAGGCUAUCCUGGUGCCCCACAGCCAGGGGGAGCUCCAUCCUAUCCCGGAGUUCCUCCAGGCCACGGAUUUGGAGUCCCACCAGGUGGAGCAGGCUUUUCUGGCUAUCCACAGCCACCUUCACAGUCUUAUGGAGGUGGUCCAGCACAGGUCCCACUACCUGGUGGCUUUCCUGGAGGACAGAUGCCUUCUCAGUAUCCUGGAGGACAGCCUACUUACCCUAGUCAGAUCAGUACAGAAUCUUUUCCUUCCUAUCCUGUUUUCUCUCCUGUUUCUUUGGAUUAUAGCAGUGAACCUACCACAAUGAUUCAGGGCACUCAAGGAACUAUCCGACCAGCCGCCAACUUCGAUGCUAUGAGAGAUGCAGAAAUUCUCCGUAAGGCAAUGAAGGGUUUUGGGACAGACGAACAGGCAAUUGUGGAUGUGGUGGCCAACCGUUCCAAUGAUCAGAGGCAAAAAAUUAAAGCAGCAUUUAAGACCUCAUAUGGCAAGGAUUUAAUCAAAGAUCUCAAAUCAGAGUUAAGUGGAAAUAUGGAAGAACUGAUCCUGGCCUUAUUCAUGCCUCCUACGUAUUACGAUGCCUGGAGCUUACGGAAAGCGAUGCAGGGAGCAGGAACUCAGGAACGUGUAUUGAUUGAAAUUUUGUGCACGAGAACAAAUCAGGAAAUCCAAGAAAUUGUCAGAUGUUAUCAGUCAGAAUUUGGACGAGACCUUGAAAAGGACAUUAGGUCAGAUACAUCAGGACAUUUUGAACGCUUACUUGUGUCCAUGUGCCAGGGAAAUCGUGAUGAAAACCAGAGUGUAAACCACCAAAUGGCUCAGGAAGAUGCUCAACGUCUCUAUCAAGCUGGUGAGGGGAGGCUAGGGACCGAUGAAUCUUGCUUUAACAUGAUCCUUGCCACGAGAAGCUUUCCUCAGCUGAGAGCUACCAUGGAGGCUUAUUCCAGGAUGGCUAAUCGAGAUUUGUUAAGCAGUGUGAGCCGUGAGUUUUCCGGAUAUGUGGAAAGUGGUUUGAAGACCAUCUUGCAGUGUGCCCUGAACCGCCCUGCCUUCUUUGCUGAGAGGCUCUACUAUGCUAUGAAAGGUGCUGGCACAGAUGACUCUACCCUGGUCAGGAUUGUGGUCACUCGAAGUGAGAUUGAUCUUGUACAAAUAAAACAAAUGUUCACUCAGAUGUAUCAGAAGACCCUGGGCACAAUGAUUGCAGGUGACACGAGUGGAGAUUACCGAAGACUUCUUCUGGCUAUUGUGGGCCAGUAGGAGGGAUUUUUUUUUUUUUUUUAAAUGAAUGAAGCUAUUCAUAGCUUAUCCUUCAGAGCAAUGACCUGCAUGCAGCAAUAUCAACCAUCAGCUAACCAAAAGAGCUUUCUAUCAAGGACCAUAUCAGGGUAAUGUGCUUGGUUUGCACAUGUUGUUAUUGCCUUAAUUCUAAUGUCAUUUUGUUCUCUACGUAUAAUCAAUGUAAAGCCAUAUCACAAUGAUACAGUAAUAUUGCAGUGUUUGUAAAGCUUCAUUCUUACUAGUUUCAUUCUAAUCAAGAUGUCAAAUUGAAUAAAAAAAUCACAGCAAUGUCUAAUUCUGUGUAAUAAUACUGAAUAAUUUUUUAGGUUGCUGAAAUCUCUGCCUUCCAGAAUCCCUCUAGGUCUGUUUGAUAGAGUGGGUAGUAUAUCAUAACUGUGUACUUUUAAAAAAUUCAUCCCUUUACAUCUAGAAGAAUAAUUUGCAUCUUAUUUUGCAUAAAUUUGUUCUAUAUUCACAAACACUUUCCACAUAGAAAAUAGAUUAGUAUUACUGUAGCACCUUUUAAGAAAGGGUCAUAUGUUUAUAUGCUUAAAAUAAAUAGCUUACUUUUUUUUUUCCAGUUGUUUUCUUUUUUUAAAUUGAGUUAUGACAAAUAAAAAAUUGCAUAUA